AAACCAUUCUCCAUUCCUCUCCUCAGUUUAGCACAAUGGCACUGGCUAAUAAGCUUGGUGGUCUGCUCAAGAAAGCCACAAGUUCAAAUCCGUCUGUCUACCAAGCAAUCAGAUGCAUGUCAUCCAAGCUCUUUGUUGGAGGGAUUUCUUAUCAAACUGAUGAUCACAGUCUCAGGGACGAGUUUGCCAAAUAUGGGCAAGUCAUUGAAGCUAGGAUUAUCAUUGACCGUGAGUCUGGGAGGUCUAGAGGUUUUGGCUUUGUAACUUACACGUCUUCUGAGGAGGCUUCAGCUGCCAUUACUGCCUUGGAUGGAAAGACUCUCGAUGGACGGAGCAUACGGGUUAAUCAUGCUAACGAGAAGACCGGUGGCUUUCGUGGCGGCGGUGGCUAUGGUGGCGGCGGCUAUGGUGGUGGUGGAGGCUAUGGUGGUGCUGGUGGAGGCGGUGGAUACGGUGGCGGCCACUAUGGUGGUGGUGGUGGCAGCGGUGGAUACGGUGGCGGCGACUAUGGUGGCAACUACAGCAACAGGGGUGGUGGUGGUGAUUAUGGAGUUGCUGGUGGAGGUGGAGGCAACUUUACUGCUGGAGGUAGCGACAGCUUUGCCAACAGUAACUUUGGUUCUGACAGUAGUUUUGGUGGAAACGGUGCUGGUGGCUUUGAUGCAACCGGCGGUUCCACAGGCGAUGAUGGGUUCUCUGGCACACCUGAUGAUAACUUUGGUGGUAACAAGAAUGAAGAAACCAUGGAUGAUAUCUUCAAGGACGAUGAGCCGGACAGCUACGCCGACAAGAGGAGCUAGUUUGUGCCUUCUCCAAAGAGUGCUCAUCAAUACGAUUCCAGAACGAUAUGUAUUGGCUAGUGUUUGCUGUUAACAUCAUAGCGGCCUGUAUGUUCAAAUAAUGGAGCGAGUAAUUCUGAUGAGUUUGAGUUGUCGGGGGCUGUGGAACUUUCAAACAUGGCGUGCAUCCACGUUAUAAUGUCGUUUUGCUAGAUGCUAUGCUUUCAUCGUGGCUUGGAAAUCGGGGUCUUGUCAAGCUUCAGCUCAGACGGAUCUGUAAAUGGUACUGAACCCUACAUUUUAUGUUUUCUGUGGAUGCUCUGCGUAUGUGACAAAAAAGCAGUAAAAAUGAAGUGUGAGUUUAAUUUCAGUAC